AUGAAUCAAUUCAAUGAAGGACAUUCACUGAAGAGAACAAUAUCUGCAAAUCUUAGUCUAUUUAGGUAUUCGACUCCUAUUUUGCAUGAGAAUGUGGUCUGUUGCCGAGAAUCCACUGCGAACCCUGCCCGUUUCCUAGAUAGGUUAGAAUCCAGACUGUCAGAGAUGCGAGCUGUUAUGACGUUAGUGAACAGAGUUUGCAUACCAAUAGGGAACCAAAGGUGCAGCCAACCCAAAGAGUGUGCUCCAUCUGAAAUUCAGAUUAUUCAAGAAGUUGUUCAUCGUCCUACAUCUCGUAAAGGCCUUUGUCCUUGGCGCUACCAAGAAGCAUCUGCGUCGUCAUCAAUACUGCAGUCCUCAGCUGGGAACCGUAGGUGCAGCCAACGCAAAGAAUGUGCUACAUCUGAAAUUCAGAUUAUUCAAGAAGUUGCUUGUCAUCCCACUUCUCGCAAAGGCCCUUGCCCCUGGCGAUACCAAGAUGCAUCUGCAUCCUUAAUACUGCGGUCCUCAGCUGCUACCUGUAAUUCGUCCUCUGUACCUUCAUCAAGAGCAAGGCAUCAGACGACCUACAAAACAACUGGUGAGCACAGCCAUCCUGAAGAACAUGUCGGGCCUUUCCGUUUCACAGAUCCCAUUCCGACAGUUGAAAACAAAGCGGCCUUACAAAGAACAAACCUGGCACCAUUACAGAGAGAUUCAGAGUCAGAUGCAUCAGAAACUGAAGAGACAACUUGUGAAAUGGUAUCACAGUCUACUCAGACCAAUACCCUAGCACCAAAGAAGACCCAGGAUUUAUCUGCACCUCCCAGCCAAACAAAAACUAAGGCAACCAAAGUCAUGAAUCUGUCAGCAACUGAAACAAGGGCAAUAAACUUUGAGCAAGAUGAGACUACUACUCAGAGAAAAGAAACUAAUGACACAGUUGAAAGUGAGAUAUCUAUAAUACAUACCACGCCAGGAGAAACCACCUCAGGAGAAGGCACAGGCCCUACCUUGCACAGUUAUAAUUUGUUACCUAAGCCUUCAUUGAUGGCUAGAAACAGCUUAGGUGAAACUUAUAGUAACAAUGAGUUAACUUCAGAGAUAAACAACAGUGUUCAGAAAACUGUCAUAGAUGAUAGAAAUCUCAUAGAAGUAGGUGAAGCAGGCAGCCUCAUGUAUAGCAACAGUUGUGAGAGUGAGAGUUUUAAAAAACAAAAGCCUUCAGGAGGAAGACCAAUGCAGAGGACUUAUUCAGGACCUGUAAGGCGACAGGUGGUGAAGACCAAAGAAGGUGGUAAAAGAACCUACAUGAUAUUAAACAGAGCUUCUCUAAAGACACUACAAAAGAAGGGAGUCAUCCAGCAAGUGAAGAAAAAUACUGGGAAUGGAAGGCCCUCAAAUAGUUGGAGUAGUACAACAUACUCAAAGACGUUCUUGCCACCCACUCAGCUGCAGCAAAAUCAAGAGAAGAAAAAUGAUGAAUCAUCCUCAGGAGUUGUAGAUUCUGCUUGUACAUUUUCAUUUCAAGAACUAGUAAAUAGUAACUCUACUGGCACAAUUGAACAGUUCAGUUCAGUAGAUUCUUCUAUAGAGCAUGUACUAUCACUAAAUUUUUCACCAUUAUAUAUACCACCUCUAGAUGAUCCACCUCUUGAUGAACCACCGAUAGUUAAACCACUACUAGAUGAACCACCAAUAGUUAAACCACUACUAGAUGAACCACCAAUAAUUAAACCACUACUAGAUGAACCACCAGUAGGUAAACCACUACUAAAUGAACCACCGAUAGUUAAACCACUACUAAAUGAACUGCCACUAGAUGAACCACCAAUAGUUAAAUCACUACUAAAUGAACCACCAAUAGUUAAACCACUACUAAAUGAACCACCAAUAGUUAAACCACUACUAAAUGAACCACCACUAGGUGUGCAGAUUCCACCCAAUCCUGUAACAUCUCAAAGUUCAGAAACUCCUUACAGCUCUCACACAGCCUCAGUAGCCCUGGGCACACCACCUUCUGAAGGGAACCAGAUCCCAGUUGUUGUUACAUGGUCAGGUGCAAGUGUCACAGAUGUACAGUCAUUUUCCUUUACCAUCAAGUUGUCAGACGAGAUGGAUAAAUGUGCUAUUCUGCAAAACACUGCUGCCAAAGGAUCUGUGUCAAAAGAAAUAGUUCUCAAAGGUCCACGUCUCUUAACAGAUCCAGCAGAAGGAUCAUGUAACAUGAACCAGCAGAUUUCAAGCACUACUGCAGAUCAGCCUGAUCCCCUGAGUUAUAUUAGGGAGGGUUCAUGUGUUGAUGCAGGUCCAUCAUGCAGCACCACAUCAAAACUGAAGUCCAGGUGGAAUCUCAGUCAGACCUCAGAACUUUGUUUUCCCUCGGAUGAUGAAGAGUUAUCCUGUGAUUCACCUCCACCUAUAGAUUCUUCAGAUCCUCAGGAAGUCUCAGAAGGUCCCAGUCAAAGCAGGAUGGAAACAGUAGAACACCUAGAUAGAAUUCUGGAAAAUGAUUAUCCAAGUAAUAAAGAGAAAAUGUGCAGAUACAACAAGGGACGAAGUGAGAGCACCUUGGAUGCAGCAAAGGGUGUCCAGUGGGUUGCACUUCCAACAGAGUCUGUUACUAAGACAUAUAAUCAGUCACAGUCUCCUAAAAGAACACCAGAUUGUGAGAGUAGUACUCAAGAUUUGGAAGAUUUUUAUGAAACCGCAAAACAAAAUCUAAAAGAUAGGUACAAACAGUUAUUAAAUAAGCAUCGACAGCGAUACUGCCAACUCCUCAGGAAAUACAAAUCCCUAGAGAAGAAGUGCCACCUUUCCCAUUAUAUUGGUACUAGAGAGCAAAUUGUAAGAGAUGCAAAGAAGUACUUAGCAGAAGAACAUAUCCUUUUUUUAGAAAGCCAGAUGUUUUUAAGAAAUAGAACUGGAACGGGAAACAGAUUUUCAAAGAAGUUCAUAAGGUUUAUGAUGAGUCUUUAUGAACGAAGUUCUGCUGGUUAUAAGUUUUUGAGAACAAUAUUCACCAUCCCUUCCAUCAAAACCAUUCAUAAAUGGCAGAGUCGACCUUAUGACAUUUUAGAAGAGAGUCAGAAAGAUCCUCUAGAAUUAAUUGUAGAUACUCGUGAGGUUGAGAUUAUGAGUGGUGGUAUUUCUGGGGACAUGGAAUAUAGGCAAGAAAAUCUAGCAGUUUCUUACAGCAUGGAAGCCAUCCAGAGGGAGUUCUUUCCCUCAGCCAUGCACUUUAAAGAUGAUGAAGAGUUUGAGGAAGGGGAGUCAUCAUGUGAAAUCUCAGAUGGCAGUUUGGAUUCAGAAGUGUUAGAUGAUGUUGACUAUAAUGUAGGUGAUCACGAGGAGGAGGAGGAAAUGGAGGAAGAAGAAUUGGAAGAAAAUGCAGAGUUGAGUUAUGGAAAUUACACAUACCAGUGAUAACAGUAAAGGAGUUAAAGAUAUAGUAACUUUAAGAUAAGAACUAGUCAUUUUUGUUGAUAAAAUUAAGUUGUUUUUCAUUUGUUGUUUUCAGUAAUAUAGAUGUUUAUCUAUUAAUAUUCCCGAUGAAAAUUAAUUUGGGACAAAAAAGUGAUAUUUUUGUGUGCAUACAUAUACUUUUGUAUCUGCAAAUUACAAAACUUAAAUUGA